GUCAUAAAGACGUAGUUGUACUUCAAGUGUUUAAAUAACCAUAAAGGAUAUCACGUGCUAUUUGAAACUGAAUCAUAUAAAACCCGACACGCACGACAUGUUUGAUUUACUUUAUUCGAGCGCAUAACAGUUUUUCACUGGAAAAUCAAAUUAUAAGUUUGACAACCGCUCGAUCUUCGUUAUUGGAAAAUCAUAAAGUAGAUAUUUAUAUAAACGUCUUGAUUUAACAUGUGGAAGCUGGUGUUGUUUUCUUCGUUCCUGGUCGUUGCUGUUGAGGCCGACAAGAACGUAACCAUCGGAGGCAUAACCACCAAGGUACUGGGCCAGUCGGGCAAGAUCAAGGUGUACAAGGCGACGGGAAAUGAGUCCGAGGGGGUCACCAUCACAAUGGACGAAAUAAAUGAACUAGAUAGUGCAAAUAAUGCGAUCUCCAGUCAUUCCUUUAACACUUUUGCCACCAUGAAUUUCAUCUUCUCUCAACAAACAGAAACGACGUACAAGGGCACAGACGUCAACGUGACUCAGUUUAGUUUCACGGCAAACAUUCCCGUUGGUCAGGGGCAGAAAAUUGACGGAACGGCCAAACUGACAUCUUACGUCUAUAUAUUUUCGUCGAACGGAAACAUAACUGUUGACGGCAAAAACAUGACGGUGAGAACGGGAGACAUGAAGUUCAACGUGAAGAUAGAGUCUUGGCCUUUCUGUGCCGUGGGUAAUGUGAGCUGUACGCAGGGUCAGAAAUCCUACAAAGGCGAAUAUCUGGAUUUUAACGUCGAGAUUAAAGGCAAAGGCAGCAUUUCGAAUUCUUCUGCAGGCGGAAACAAUACCUACGAGCUGGGUGGAGCGAAAGUUAUAGUUCCCACCGAGGUCAUAUACACGAGCAGCAGCGAUUACAACGAGACCAAGCAGAUGCCGGCUGGCUUCCCGAAGGUUGAGAUGAAGGGAACCAAGCAGACAUUCGUCUUCCGGUUUGAGCCGUUCACAAAGAGCGCCCUCUAUGAUCCCAUUGUGAAGCUGACGGAUGAGAAUCCCACCACCACGCCCACCUCCGCCCCUUCAAUUGACAAGGAUAUCUCGGAUGGCGUGGUGUCCGUGAAGGUGCUAGGGAAGUCCGGGAAAAUAGCCUUCACCAAUAGCGAUGGCAAAAAGACCAUGACGGUGGAGUUCGACAAUCUCAAGGAGAAGACUUCCGACGGAAUUGACAUAAAGGAUAAUAGCCAUGGAUACAACAACUUCGCAAGCCAGACCUUCACCUUCGGUGCGCCGAUCGACGCCGAGUAUCCCGAAACUAAUAUCUCCACGAAGAAGCUCAACUUUUCGGCGGAAAUCAACAAUGGGGCCAAGGUCAUGGUUGACAUGUACAUUUUCAAACAGGGCGGCAACAUAAGUCUAGAUGACGAAGAUACUGUUGUAAAGAAAGGCGACCUUAAGUUCAGUGUAACCGUUAGCGGGUGGACGUUCUGCAACGGGACGUGCAAGCCGAACGAGGUUGGGGCGUACCUGGACUUCGACAUCGUCAUCAAAGGGACUAAGGGUGCCACCAAGUCCACUUCCGUUGGCAAGAAGCCCGACCAGUAUGACGUAGGGUCGGGAGUUGUGCUCCUCUCUAAGAAGUUAAAGAAAGACAACGAUAACUACGAAAACAUGACGGCUACCUAUCCGAUGAUUAUGACCCAGGGAUCCAAGCAAAUCUUUCGACUCCGGUUUCCCAAAUUUACCAAAAAAGUGUUCUACGACCCAACCCUCAGCUUCUUGACCGACUCAGUCACAGUCGGAAGUGCGGGAAUGAGCGCCGGAAGUCUCCUUCUGAUGGUCGCCUCCCUCCUUGUCAUGACCAUCAACAGAUAUUAGAUGGCUAAAACUGGUUUAAGACGUUUGCUCAAUGGCUCUUACGACGCUCUUACAAUCAUUUUGAACCAUACAAAUCCAAUUAUACGAAACUUUGUGUGAAAGUGUGCUACUGUAUAAUUUAUAUGUUUGUUUUUCGCAUGAAAACAAUAUUGUCAGUGUAUUUAGUGUCUUGGUCGAUCGACAUGAAUGAUUCAGACGGAUUCAAAAGGAUUCAUGUCAAUGACACUUUGGGCCAGAUACCUGAUCUAAUCCUUGAUUUGAAAUCCGUGUACGAGUAUAUUCUAUGAAGCUGAGUACCAAAUAAAUCAACAAAGCAAUUGAAAAAGAAGCAACUACACUUUUAUCAAGGUUAAACAGUUCCGUAAAAAAUAAUCAUAUAUCUACUGUACGCUUGACCGAAGUAACAUGAAUUGUGUGUGUGCAUUGUUAUGAAUGAGUCAUAAAUCAUAAAUCAUAGACCUUAAUCAUAAUUAGACGCGGACGUUUUUUUAAAGAAACUCUUUAAUCAUAUUGUAUAAUUACAGUUACAUACAUACAAACUUCUUGUAAUAUUUCUUAAAUGUAUAAAUAAACAUUUCUUGACAUUUAUGUAUGACUUAGUAAAUAUGCAUACUGGUCGUGUACGUAAUUCCGGCCUGUACGUAAAAAAUCGGCCACCUGUGUUUAAUCAUUUUCAUGAUCUAAACACACAUGUUUUGAUUAUUUUUAGAACAAUCAACUUGAAAACCAACCCUAAUCUCAAUAUUUUGCAAAUUAAAGACGCAUAUCACUGUAAAAGUCUGCAUUAAAAUGUCUCAAACUUAACACAAGAUAUUUCUCUCAUGGGAAAAGUGACGUCAUUAUCCAUUGCAAAAUUAUAUUCAUAUAAGAAACAAAUAUAUUUGAUAAAAUUAUUAUUAUUUCUAUCUGAUAAACAUUAAUUAAGGUAUUUUUAAUUAAUUGUAUAAAAACAUACAUUUAAAACAAAAAAUCAGGAGCUAAAUAUAAACUUUUAAUAUAUGAAUUACCUCCCUUGAUUUGAAUAUUAAUAGUUUACAUGUUGUAAAAUUAAAUAUAAGUGAUUACUAAAAAUCGACACUAAAGUCAACUUUUUAAACAAAAUGUUUUUACUUUCUUAGCUAUGUUAGUAAAAAUUGAUUAAAACUAUUGAAAAUAUUUUUUUUUUGAAUUUGUAUUUCCCCAUUAACCGUGCAGGCCUGUUAAUAUUUAUUCAAAUGGGUAGGGGGAGUAACUGGUAUAAUAAUGUCGCAUAUUUUAUAAGUUUCAAGUCAAAAAUUGUGUUUGUGAAAACCUUUAUUAAUUCUCUUAAAAUGAGGACAUUCGUCUAAAGAUAUUGCUUUGUAAUUGUACCUGCAUAUUAAACUGAAAAGUGGCCGAUUUUUUAGGUACAAUUGCCGUACGAAAAUUGAUAGUUUAUAUGUCAUUAAUUUCUGUUCAUAAAAGUAACAUACACUGAUCUAAUUCUAUUGAAAUUUUCAUGCUAGGUGAGUUUUGAACCCAGGAUUAUAAAUGUGAAGUUUCGUUUAAACCAGUUGCCUAAAACAAAAGAUUUUGUUAAAAUAGUCCCAAAAGUGGCUGGAAUUACGUACACGACCAGUAUUAUUAAUCUUACACAUCCAUGUAUUUGCAUUUAAUAUCUUAUCGUUGUUGACAGUUACCUGUAUCCGCAUUUCCCAAUAAAUGUUAUUGUUGA